AUGAACAACAUCGAGUUCUUUGGACGUAUAGCAUCAACCGCCGUCAAGCGUCAGGUGGCUGCGGACGGAGACACGGACAGCAGCGAAAGCAAACGGGCUCGCAUUGAAGAUAGGCAUGGCAUCCAAAACUGGAAUGGUUGGCACUUGAACGGUACUACUAGUUAUGGAGAAUCGACAAUAUUGGAUGAUGCACCUUUUGAGGGGAAUACACCCACUUUGAUUCCAGAUCACCUAUCUGUGACAUCUGGUCUUCUCGCUGGUUCAGAGAUGGCAAUGCUACAUUCUGGUCAGCCUCAGACAGUGGAAUCAAGUGCUGGUUCAAUACAACCAGUAACCUCCGAUCUCAUUCUGGCUUCCGAAUGGCAAGGCCUGGACAGUCGAGACCUUGGCAAUACCUGGAAUAUGUCGUUUCCCACAUUGUGGGGUCUUGGGAGACUCUACGACAGCGAAGUUACAUCAGUCGACAUCUCAGGAGACAACACGCAGUCAAGGGCGCAGCUAGACGGUCUCGAACAAGUAUCCGACUUCACAUCAGCAACGCCAGUUCCAUAUCCCCUGUCCCGCAUGGAUCUGGACCAGUCAGCCAUCCUUGACUCCUCUACUGAAUUUCUGGAUGGUAAAAGCUCAGUUACGAUGACAACCGCAUGCACCACCCCCGGACUUGAGAGCCCUCGGCUGCCACAACACAAUAUAGACUAUGAUGGAAGCCAUUCAAUCAUACAGGAAAACAACACAUCUGUUGAACAUUGUCUUGAUAAAGACGACAAUGACCUGAACGUGCAUGGACCGGAAACCGCGCAAUGCGAUACGUGCUUUGGGGAGGUAGGUGCCGCGCGUCACCCAGCUGUCAUACAUGCUAAUGCUUGGAAGAUCGUCGGCACAGCAGCCUCCACCUUCAAGGGGGAAGGUGGUAAAAAGUCGGCUGGAGUAAACAUAAAGCCUUUUGGGAAUGUGCUCAAACUGUCGUUCAGGGAUUCGGGCAAAUAUGCCGGUAUAGUCUCUAUGGCCGUACUCGUCACCCUGUUUGAACAGCAUACCAUCAAGCUGGUGGGAACCCUGUUUGCUCCCGACGAUCUCAAAGGUAAGAAUUCUGGGCCUGGUGUGGUCGUUCGUAUGAUCCUUUAUGGCCGUGGAGACGAAAAGGAGGCUGUUGGUGCUUGUUUGUCGGAGGCUGGCGUAUAUCUGCAGCACCCUAGAAUUACAGAAUAUGACCAUCUGAUGCCAUAUGUCAACCCGCAAUUUCUUAUACGACCGGGGGGCCAAAUGCCAAAGCUUGAGGAUCUGGUACUUUCUGAUGAUGAAGAACAUCCGCAAAGCUCGGAAUCAUUGACUAAGGGCGAAAAAAGCGAAAUUAUGCGAAUAUUCGACUCUGCCAACACAGUCAAUGGCCCCUAUCAAGCCAGAUCUAGUCCUAGGCUCGCGUCCCCUCUCAAGGAACAUCAGAUCGUAGCACUGUCGAUGAUGGUGGAAAGGGAGGCUGGCAGUCUCAAUGAUUUGAAGUUUCCAUCAUUGUGGGAACGGGUCAAAGGCACCAAAGUUCCAAGGUACCGACAUAAAAUUACAGGCAAUGUCGAAGUGGCACCAAGUCCGUUGCACGGUGGGAUCCUUGCCGAUGAGAUGGGCCUAGGGAAAACACUAAGUCUUCUCGCGCUGGUUUGCCGGUCGCUUGAUAGAUUCGAUGAGGAGCAAUUGCCGAGUGGCAGCCCUCGAGCGACCCUAAUCAUUACUCCAAAGUCUAGUAAGGCUUCUAAUCUACCAUAUCUUUACAAUGAGCAGAUAUUGACUGGCAAAGCCAUCCCCGGCUGGGAGGAACAGAUCAAGACCAACGUAAACACUCCCGACCCCUCCUCAGAUGAAUUCCCAACCAGUUCAAGCGUGGCGUCUACUCCAUUGACUCCCUCUGACAUAUGUCUUUGCCCGUCGGCCAAGGUCAAUGCUCUACUGAAGAAUCUGGAGCGGGAGCAGAGAGCCGAUAGAGGCACGCCUCUCCGACCUGUCAAGAGUGUCAUAUUCAGUCAAUGGACUAGGAUGCUUGAUCUGGUGGCCCAGUUCCUUCGACAGCAUGAUUACAAGUACGCACGAAUCGAUGGUCACUCAAGUCUAGCGGACCGUCGCUCUGCAAUCCAGCAAUCCAAGAGGACAAAAUGA